AUGAAGGAUUGCAAGAAAACCUUCAAAAAGAAAGGUGUCGGUUUCUAUGGGAGGCCAUGGUCUAUGGAACAGAGGAAACUUCUCUUUCAAUGGCUGAAACUCUGGGGCCUGAACUGCUACAUGUACGCGCCCAAGGAUGAGCUGAAGCACCGACUGCUCUGGCGAGAGCCCUACACAGAACAUGAGGCAGCCCGCAUGCGGUCUCUUAUCGAAGCUGCCCAGGAGCAGGGUGUGGAGUUUGUUUUCGCCAUUUCUGCUGGCCAGGACAUGGUGUUUUCAAGUGCUGGGGAUCGGCUCCUGCUGCAGCAAAAACUCAGGCAGGUGGCUGCUAUGGGGUGCUCCUCCUUCGCGCUGCUCUUCGACGACAUCGACCCCUGCAUGUGCCAGGCUGACAGAGACGUCUUCUCCUCCCUGGCGCAGGCUCAGGCGUCUGUGGCCAACGAGGUCUACCAGGAGCUGGGUCAACCCUCUGUCUUCCUCUUCUGCCCUACAUACUGCAGCUCUCUGUGCUCUCCCAGCCCCAGCAAGUCCUGUUACUUGCUGACCCUCGGCCAGGAGCUGCUCCCAGAGAUCGGUGUCAUCUGGACAGGACCAAAGGUGGUGUCACAGGAGCUCUCAGCCACACUGCUGGAAGAGGUGGAGGGUGUCCUGCGGCGCCGCCCUGUCAUCUGGGACAACCUGUAUGCCAACGACUAUGACUGCAGACGUGUCUUCCUGGGCCCCUACACGGGACGUGCCCCUGGCCUCAUGGCCAGGCUCCAUGGACUGCUCCUCAACCCCAACUGCGAGCUCCAGGCCAACUUCAUCCCCAUACACACAUUGGGCAGCUGGUUUCAGAGGAUGGAGACUGCGGCAGCCCCGGGGGACAGCCAAAGCCCACAGGAGGGCAGCUACAGCCCCCAGGAGGCCUUGGAGCUGGCGCUGCUUGACUGGGUGGCCGAGAUAAACCGGCAGGCCUUGGAGCCAGUGGGGCAGACCAGCAUGGCGCUGAGCCCUGCGGUGUGGCACCAGGGGAGGGAAGGAUGA